GUGCAUUUCAAUCCGCGCAUAGUUUCAAUUGUCUCUCCGUGUUCCAGUGUAUUUUGACAAUCAAUCAAACCGUGCAUUAAUCCUCCCAUCCCACCCCCAAACUCUGUGAAGUUUAAUACUGAAAAUGAGUGAAAAUGUGCUCUAAUACGCUGAAGAUAUUGUGUUUGCUGGUGUUGUGCUUGCUUCUACUGGAGCUGGAAGCAUCUUCAGAUGAACAAGAUGACCGGGCAGUGAUUACCAGGCAGGAGAACGGAAAUCUGCUACUAAAGGCAGCGCCAGAUCAGAAUGUCACUAUUCGACUAAUGGGCGAGGAUGCCACGGUGAUGGUCAACGAUGUGGAUGUGCUACCGCUUCUCCGGCGACGCCUUCAGGUGAUCACCGCUCGACAGGUGGCAGCUCGACGUGAGCCAUUGUCGCUGGACGUGCAGAAGGACCAGUUUCGCGCUGUACAACGUAGUCUCACUCGGCUGGAAAAGCGUUUCUUCAACAUGCGUAACAACACGCGGCGUAGUGGACUUAACCAGCGCGUCCUGCGCCGGCAGCUGCAGCGGAUAGAGCGUGUCUCGACUACUCUGGCGAGAAUACAAGUCUUUCUGGCCAAGGACGAGUGCCAGUCGAAUCCCUGCCAGAACGGAGGUACCUGCCACGACUUAUACAAGUCCUUCCAAUGUGAUUGUGUUGCUGGCUGGCAAGGUCCCACUUGCGAGGAAGAUGUGAACGAAUGCUUUGAUUUUUCCAACACCGAUCUGGCUGCCUGUAUGAACAAUGGACGAUGCAUAAACACGCCUGGAAGUUUUAGUUGUGUUUGCCGCAAUGGGUACUCUGGAACCCACUGCCGACUGCGCCAGAAUAAAUGCCUGGCUGGCGAUUCGAGCGAAUUGUGCGGGGAACAUGGCACUUGCGUUCACUCUGUCAGCUCCACCGCCGGCUACGUGUGUGUCUGUGAUCAAGGCUGGACCUGGGCCGACACUAAUGCUACGACAGCCACCGCUAGUCCCUGCACCCGAGACGUGGAUGAGUGCGCGCCCAGCGUGAAUCCUUGCCACAAUGAGUGUAUCAAUCUGCCAGGCAGCUACCGAUGUGGCUCCUGCCCGCCGGGCUACACCGGAGACGGUCGGUUCUGUCGCGACAUAGACGAGUGCAGCGUGGCAAACGGAGGCUGCAGCCUGCAACCGCGUGUAACAUGCAUCAACACCGAGGGCUCCCAUCUGUGUGGCCGUUGUCCAGUAGGCUGGACCGGUGACGGACGCAGCUGCAUGACCACCGAGUCGAACUCCUGUGACGGCGAACGAAUAUGCCAUGCCGACGCAUCAUGCGAGUACAUCUCUGGCACGGUCGUCUGCACCUGUCCACUGGGCAGCUACGGUCAUGGCUACGGCGCGGACGGGUGCACCAAAGACCCCACCCGCGACACAUGCGACCAGCAUUUGUGCCAAAACAACGCCACCUGCGUCCACAUAGGACGCGGCAGCACAUGCAUUUGCCAGCCCGGAUACAAAGGAGUGUUGUGCAACGACACAGAUUCGGAUGGCUGCCACCCCAGUCCCUGUCUGAAUGGCGGCACUUGUCUCCUACUGCCGGACAACCAGUUCCGAUGCAACUGUCCCGCCGGCUUCACUGGCACACGUUGCUCCAACCAGCGCUUUUUCUGUGGCUCCACACUGCGAGGACCCACGGGCCAGCUGCAUUUUCCACCCAACACCGCUGACGGUGACUACCAGCCCGACGAGCGGUGCCCCUUCAUCAUUCGCACGCCUCCAGGCCAUGUGCUCAACGUGACCUUCACACAAUUCGAUUUGCAGAAGAGCAACGACUGUUCCUCCGAUUUCCUGCAGCUGCACGACGGCCCAUCGCUGGCCUACAGGCUCAUUGGUAGAUUCUGCGGCAGUCAACUGGCCAACAAAAGCAUCGUCUCCACCCAGGAGCAGGUUUUCUUCUGGUUCCGCUCAGACAAUGCUACGCAAGGAAGCGGCUUUCACCUCGCCUGGAGCUCCAUGCCCUUCUCCUGCGGCGACACGUUGGCCAACCUGACAUUGGGUCAGACUGGGAUACUGCGAUCUCCCGGUUAUCCGGGAAAGGCGCGUGCCGGCCUCGACUGUCGCUGGCAGCUCACAGCCCCCUACGGCACUCGGCUGCUGUUGCGUUUCUACGACAUAACGCUGGGCAUGGGCAGAGGCUCGGAUGCCGCUCUCUGUGGCCAGGGACUGAACAGUAGCUACUUGACUGUAUACGACUCGGAUCGGGAAUUGCUGAAGAGAUGCGUGUCCUCACAGCCGGAACCGCUGUACAGCUCAUCGAACAGCCUGCAGAUCGACCUGCAUACGGGUACCCAGCGCGUAGAUAGCUCCUUCCAGCUGCACUACGAGGUGGUGGCUGGCCAGCCAGGCUGCGGCGGCAGCUACACGGAGUCGCAGGGCCGCAUCAGUGGCCACAUGAAUGCAGAGGUUUGCCUCUACCUAAUCGAGCAGCCAACUGGGACACAAAUCAAGCUGGAAUUCGAGCACAUUAAUCUGCUGCGGUCCGAGGACUGUGGACUGCAGAAGAUCGAAAUUUUCAACGGACGCACCGCUGAGUCACCACUGAUGCGUCGCCUCUGCGGGCAGCCCGAGGGCAGUGAAAUGGAGCCACUAAUCUCCAGCAGCAAUGUGGUUCUCGUGCGCUAUGAGUAUGCCCUACUUGGGCUGAAGCUGAAUAAGAGCUUCGAGCUGAGCUACAGCAGAGUGUGCAGUGGCAAUUUCGGUGGCACGGAAGGUGGCACCAUCAGAACGCCCAACUAUCCGCAGUUCUAUUUGGCUGAUAUGACCUGCACAUAUAAGAUAGUUGGGCCUCUGGACACGCUCGUAAAGCUUACCAUCCAAGAUCUAUCGCUAGGCGCUGCCGACGCGAAUGCCACUGAUGAUGGAAAUCAAACCAAUUACUUGGACGUUUAUCUGUCGAAAGAUGAGAAGCGUCGUAUAUACAAGUCGGGUCGAAAUAUCGUGCUGAUGGCACACACCAACCAGGCGACACUGGUUUUCCACGGAUCCAGCUCUGGCCGUGGCUUGCUUGUGGACUACAGCUUUCCAGAUACGGGCUGCGGUGGCUAUCUGAGCCCAACAAUCUCGAAUCGCUUUAUGAAACGCGUGUCAAUGCCCUUCUGUCAGUGGAUAAUCGAUGCACCGGGCAGGAAACAAAUCUCCGUAAGCCGUAUGCUUGUGUCCGGUCAAAUGUCCGUCUAUGAUAAUAGCACCAGUCCUGGUUUGCUUUUAAACAGCUAUGAAGGCGAUUUUGUGGAAUACUUUGAUGCAGAUCUACUGACACUAUCGCUUAGGAAUGAACAAAUCUUUCAAUUGGUGCUGAUCACGUACAAACAGGUGGAAAGUGAUUGCAAUGUACGUACCAGUCAACGCGCUGGCAUCAUCAAGUCACCGAAUUGGCCGCGACCAUAUGGCGCCUCGCAGAACUGUGAGUGGAUCAUUCGUGCGCCGCUCGGACAUCGCCUUGAGCUGGUUGUCUCGAACUUUAGUCUGGAGGUAAUGGGCACUUUGUGCACCAGCGACUAUCUGGAGAUCAGGAAUGGUGACUCGGCCGAAUCUCCACUGAUUGGCAGAUACUGUGGCACACAGAUACCACCACGAUUGCCCUCGUUUGGCAAUGCGCUCUACGUGAAGUUCAGCUCUGACAACAGCGUGGAGGAGAGUGGAUUCCUGCUCAACUGGCAGCAGAUCGGCGAAGGAUGUGGCGGCAAACUCAAUUCGCACGUGGGAUCCAUACACUCGCCGCACUCGAUGGCAGGCAAUCGUGGCGCCCUGGCCUGCGACUGGCAGAUAAGUGUGGCCGAGGGCUCGCUCGUGUCUAUGCAGAUCGAGAGCCAAGACGAUAACCUCUGCAGCGGUCAGCUAACCAUUUUCGAUGGACCCACCACAAGCAGUCGUGUCCUGAAAUUGCGCUGCAAUGAGACAGACAGAGACACCAGAAUUGUGCUCCACUCCAGCAGUAAUCGAGUGCUCGUGCGCUACAAUGUGGGCCACGACUCGCCCGAUGGUACCAGCUUUGUGCUGGACUAUUCGACGGACUGCAGGGUGCGGCUGGAUAAGAUCCAGGGGGCCAUUGAGUCGCCCAACUUCCCCGAGAAGUAUCCGCCCGACAUGUCCUGCGAGUGGGACAUACGCGCCGGCGGUAAGCGGAAUCACAUUCAUUUGGUCUUUUCGCAUCUCUCUGUGGAAGAAUACCAGCCCGGGAGCUGUGACUUUGACUAUGUGAUGCUCAGUGACAUGAAGGACGACCAGCUGCUGGAGGAGCGGCGACUCUGCACCAACGAGGGCGUGGCUCCGUUCACCAGCAAGGGCAAUCGUCUGCUGCUCAAAUUCAGCAGCGACAGCACGUUGCAGGAGCGCGGCUUUCGAGCCGAAUACAAGCGCAUUGGCUGCGGCGAACAACUGGAGGAAAUGGGCGGUACCUUUGCCUCGCCCAAUAUCCCAUUCAGCGCAGAUGUGGCCUGCGAUUGGGUCAUCAGUGCGCCGGAGGGCAAGCAAAUACGUUUGAUACUUGAGGAGUUGUAUAUCGAUCCGCCACAGCGAGAGUGCCUGCAGGACUUGCUCACAGUCUCCACGCCGGGUAGCCACGUGCUCUACCGCAGCUGCCAGUCGCAGACCUCCACGCAGACAUUCACCUCGCCGGGCAAUGAGCUGCACGUGCGCUUCGAGAGCAGUCCAACGGUCGCAAGGAAAUACUUCAAGGCCUCUUAUGCCCAGGUGCCAGCCAGUUGCGGCGGUUCUGUGCGUGCCAGCAGUGGGGUCAUUGCCUCACCCGGUUUCCAUGAUGCCGCCACAAUAGAGGAGGGCCUCAGUCCCCUCAACUACUCCUCGCAGGUGGAGUGUCUUUGGUUAGUGGAGGUACCGGAUAGCUAUGGCAUUCGGUUGCGUUUAGAGCAGUUCAACCUCUCCGAUUCGGCCAAUUGUUCGGACACCUUUGUGGAACUGACCAAGCUGGAUGCUGACAACACCGAGCACUUCCUGGAGCGUGUCUGUGGCGACCAGCCGCUACUGAUACGACUGGUCCACGGCCAGCGUAUGCGUGUGCAGUUCAGAGCGCAGGCGGGAACCUGGGGCCGAUUUGCCCUUCACUUUGAGCGUCAAUGCGGUGGCACGCUGUCGGCAGGCGAGGGCUAUUUGAGGUCGCGUCUGGACGAGGACUGCAACUGGCUGGUGGUGGCACCGGAGGGCACCAAACUGAGCCUGAGCAUCAGCCAGCUGGAGUGUGCGGGCUGCCCGAAGAGUUCAGCAGAGAAUUGCACGUCACAGGAGGGACUGCAGCUGCUCAACGACGAUGAUCAGGUGGUGCUCUACAGCCUGUGCAGCGAGCAUCCAGCGAAUCUGGUGGUGCCCGCCAGCAAUGUCCGUGUGCUGGCCAAAGGCAUCGCUCUGGUGGCGCAGUUCACCAACCUAGAGAACACUUGCGGCGGCAACAUCAGCUCCGCCCGCGGCAGCCUGAGCUCACCCAACUAUCCGGACAGCUAUCCGGCGAACGUUGAGUGCCUGUGGCGCAUCAGCGUAAACCCAGGCAACUACCUCUCGAUCACAUUCGACUCCCUGAACAUUGUGACCUCUGAGCACUGCAACGAGGACUUUCUCGAGCUGCGUUCAGGCGUGGACGAGCGUCUGCUGGGCCUCUACUGCGGCCGACAGAUGCCCGAGCAGACGCUGGUUAUACGAUCGCAGCUGUGGCUCAAAUUCCGCAGCUUGCCCGGCAACAGCGCCGACGGUUUUAAGCUGCACUGGAGCUACGUGCACGACAAUGAAAUUACGUCGGAGACCAAUGGAACGAUUGCAUCCCCGCCCUUACUCGCAGUACGCGCAGAGGAGCAGCCGUUUAGUUGGCGCAUCUUUGUGGAGCGCGAAAUGGUGGUGGCGCUGGACUUUGAUGAGUACAUAUCGGGCCUGCAGCUUUUUAAUGGCUACGAUGACACUGCCCUGGAGGUGAGCACUCUAGCCUCACCCUGGCAGUUCCUUUCCAGCAGCAAUGUCCUCUAUUUGAGGACCCUCAACACGGACUUUAAUGCCUUUCGAUUGAAGUGGCACGUGGUCAGCAGUGUGCUCGUAAAGGGCAACAGAACCGUGACCAACGAUGAGUGCAACAAAGACUUUACGGUGUCUGGCAGUGCGCGCUUGAUGGUGAAUUCCCCGGGUUACCCGCGGGGCUAUGCGGCCAACCUGAAUUGCCAGUGGACGUUCAGGCCCGAGGAUCCCGCCCAGCAUGCCUACGUGGAUCUCUAUGAGGUCGAUCUGGAGGAGUAUGCCAAUUGCUUUGCCGACUAUCUGAACAUCCAGAGCUCCAGCGAUCUGAGCCACUGGACGAAUGAGCUGCGCAUCUGCAACGGCAGCAAGGGCGGGCCACUCAUCCAGCGAUUGCACGGAACUCCGCAUCUGAGGCUGCAGUUUAGGAGCGAUGUCUCCAUCAACGGCCGCGGCUUCAGGGCCAUUGUGCGUGCGACAUGUGGCUCGAAUAUGACGGCACCCGUGGCCACCAUUUUAGACUCGCAAAUGCGUGCCGGACUGGCAAUGGGCAGAAAUUGUGAGUGGCACAUCGAGGUGCGACCGAGCCGUAAGAUAGAGAUCAACAUAGUCUAUGCUAUCGGCUCUGCCGGCAACGUUACAUGCCCCGUGUACGGACUCAUCUACGAUGGCCUGGACGACAGGUCGCCGCUCUUCCGGGGCGGCAAGUUCUGCAAUCAAAUGGGCCUGGACAGAGUCACGUAUCGCACCAGCGGCUCCCAUGCGUACAUCAAGUACGUGGUGCCGGAGCGAGCCGUCAACCCGGGGCACAACUACUGGAAUCUCACGUAUCGUGAGUACAGCGAGUGCGACGGCGAGAUCCCGCUGACCCGGCUGGCCAGCACGUACAGCAUCACGACGCCGGGCUAUCCGUAUCUGCCACAUCCCCAUGCAGAGUGCACCUGGCUGGUGUUGGCUCCGCCAGGGGAGGUCAUUACUGCCACCUUCGACGACCGUUUAUUCGAUCUGAGUUUGCGGCAAUGCGGCAAGGAGAUCGUGGAGCUCUUCGAUGGCUCCACCACACUGGCGCGCCGACUCCUGCACACCUGCCAACGGCCCGCAAUGACGUUGCGCAGCACAGGGAAUAUUCUCCUGGUGCACUAUCAGUCGCAACUGGACGAGCCGCAUGCCGGCUUCCGGCUGAACGUAUCGCUGAGUGCCUGUGGCGGUCUGACCACUGCCUCGAUGGGCUUCAUCAGCUCCGUGGGCUAUCCGGCCCUAGGGGGCUACCCGAAGCCCUCUGUCUGCGAGUACAGCAUCAAGCUGCCGCGUGGUGCGUACAUUCGGCUCAACAUCAGCGAUCUGCAUCUGCCGUACAGCUCGCAGAAGGGGCAGAACAACAGCGAUCGACUGGAGUUCGUGGACCUGACGGAUUCGACUGAUCAGCAGGCACCUCUCUUGGUACUGGACGGCAGCGGAACCUACCCGCUGGCCGUCACUCUCAACACCAACGAGUUGGGAAUCCGCUUCAAAGCGGUGAGCAAUGUGAACAGCUAUCGGGGCUUUAAGAUAUUCUACGAGCGUAUAACUGACACUUGUUCACGCGACAUAAAUGCUGCCUCUGGCAGCCUUGAGAUUCCAGCCAAUGUGCAGUCCAGCUGGCUCAGAGUCUGCCGCUGGAGAAUCACAGUGCCCAAGGGUCAGAGCGUGCGCCUCGAGCUCCUCAAUCUAGCCGACAUGCGUGUGAUUAUUCGUAACGAAACAAGGAGCUGGAUGCGGCGCGAUAUUCAGCCGCAGUUUUCCUUCUUCAACGAUUUAAGUCAAUUCUCGAAGAUCUCCGAUUUCCGUAUAGAUGCGUACAAUGGGAGCGGCAUUAUCGAGUCCAGCGACAACUUUAUGCUGGUCAAAAUCAUCACCAGCCAACUGGAUCUGACCAGCAUACCGCUGCGUGCCAGGUUUAGCUCCAGCGUAGCGUCGCAAUGCCCGCCAGACAUUGGAGACCAGUCAGCCGGCGCGUUGUCCAUCCAAAGCCUCAGCCAGCUUCCCGUCUACUACUGCACCAUCAAUUAUGCGGGCCUCAGUGGAUCCACGCUAACCUUCAAGGUGGAGGAGUACGCAUACUGGAGCCGUGCUGGUCCCUCGGUGGUGUUCAAAGACGAUGGCUUCCGCAAUGUCCACUACAUGUCCACGAAUGUCACCAACAGCUACGUCUCAAUGGCUGCCCUGCCCGGACGCAUAAACCUGAACCAUGGCCAAAAUGUCAAACUGAGACGCUUUCGGGCCACUUAUCGGCGCCACAAUUGUGGCGGUCAACUGCAGGUGGCCGAGGGUCUGGCCAUAGAGUCACCGCAGAUGAUGGCAACCAUCAGUGAGGAUUAUGGGCCGCUGGAGUGUGUGUGGAUGCUGGCUGGCAGCAGGGGCUAUGCGCUGGAGGGAAACCUUAGCCUCAGCGACAGCUGUGACCGCGAGUACAUUGUGAUCUAUGCGGGUCCCCGACCGGUGGGACGCCUCUGCCGCGGCAUGACGAUGAACAGCACGAUUCUGGAUAAGGCACAGUCCAAGGUGAUUUACCACACGGAACAGCACAGGCCGGGACGCAGUUGGUUCCGGCUGGAACCCAAGCGGAUAGCAGGCCCAACGGCAGGAAGUGUGAUACGAGUCGACCAGCGGACCACAGCGCCCAUAACGAUCAAUGGAUCGGAGUACAAGAACAACAUGGAGCUCAUCUGGGAGUUUACCACCAAUGCGGGACUCUCCCUCUCGCUGCAGUUCCAGGGUCGCUUCUUCAUUGAAACGUCCCCGAACUGCACCAAUGACCGGCUGAGUGUGCAGCAGAGCCUUGACAGGCAGGAGACGGCGGCCGUUUGGUCCGAGGUGGCCAAUCUGUGCGGCCGACAGUUGCCGCUGCCGCUGCAUGUGGAGGCGUCACGCAUGCGUGUGGUCUUCCGCACCAAUGGCAACAUCACCGGCGACGGCUUCAGCUUCACCGUCUCCCCCAGCUGCGACGUCACACUGCGUGCCACCGCGGAGCCGCAGAUCCGUCGCAGUCCCAGCUGGCAGGCAUCGCGCAAUAUGAUGCUCAACUGCAGCUACGUGAUACUCACGGACAGCGAGGAACAGCUGGUGGCCAGCGUGAAAAAUGUAGGGCGCCGCGCUUGGCCAGCAUUCGCUUGCCUCAGAUCCUUCUUUAUGGUCUACAAACCAGACUCGAGCUCCAAAUCGGGGGAAGUGAAGCAGGCUGAGAAGUUCUGCCCGGACUUUGAGGUCAACGGCUACAAGAGACUCCGCCUGCAGUACAUGUCGCCCACAAUGCGACAGUUCGAGCUGCAGUUCCAGCUGCUGGGCUGCGGCGGUAACUACAGCGCUCCCUUCUCCCUGCGACCACCGCAGCACGACGAAAAUGUGAGGUCUUAUGCCCACAAUAUGCACUGUGAAUGGCGCGUCACGGCGCCCCCACAGCACGCCAUCGUUCUGGUGUUUAAGUACUUUGAGCUGGAGGAGAGCCGUGACUGCCGAUACGAUUACCUGGCGGUCUACAAGGGCGCCGGCAUGGUGCCGAACACUGAACAGCGCGUGGCCCGCCUGUGCGGUAACUUAACCGCGCAGCCGCCAACCAUUAUGGUGGACAGCAACCAGGCGCUGAUUGUGUCCCACUCGGAUUCAUCAAACAGUUUUCGUGGCUUCCUGGCCGGCGUGCGCUUCACUCCGAACUGCAAUGAACGAAUCGCGCUGGACGAUGAUGUACCGCGCAUGAGCCUUAUGCGGAACUACAGAGUGAAUGCCUCCGAGCAGCUGCUGUGCAUGUUCAAGGCCAGUGCGCCGCCUGGACAUCGGCUGUCCGUGCUGCUGAGACAGUUGCAGCCUUCGUCUGGGUCGUAUCUGGGCAGCUACCUAGAGAUUAUUGACAGCGCCGCCGCUCAAAGCCAAAGCCUCGGCAAGUACUACGACCUGGCUGGCAAUCGUACGAAGCUUUUCAGCUCCUAUUCAGAUCUCUCCAUCAAGCUGAGUGGCACUUCCGAUGAGGCGCGAAACGUGAGCUUUGAAUUGAUUCUGCAGAUGGAACGUACAAUCUGUGGAGAGACCGAGUAUCAGCUGCAUUCGAAUGAGAGCAUCAAACUGGCCAUACCAGGGGACAAUAACUCGAGUAACUAUGAGGGAAGCGUUCACUGCUCUUGGACAAUUCGGUCAGCGCAGGAGGCGGAAAUCGAGAUACGAUGGCUGAAUCUAAGGGAUGUGUCACAACUGACGGGUAAAUGUGUGGACUACCUACGUCUAUCCGAGUCGUGGUUGCAGUCGCCGCAGUACUUCUGCGGGCAGUUAAACAACACCUUCAAGAGAUUAUUAUCGCCGGAGAGCUUGACGCUAGAACUAACAUUCCACAGCGAAGAGCUGACAGAAUUCACUGGGUUCGAGGUGCUAAUCAGGCAUAAUAAACGUUGUGGUCGCAACUACACGGAGCUGAGCGGAGCCAUCGAAGACAGCUCUCUGACCAACUGCACCGUGGAUAUACGAGUGCCCGAGGGCAACAGUGUGACGCUGAACCUGCUGUAUGUGUUGUUCGAUUUGGAAGCCAGUCUGAAGUACCUAAACAUAAGCGACCUGAAGACCAACCAGACAGUCUUCCAAACGAACAGAUUCCUGGCGAGCCCCGCAGUCAGAUUCGCGGCGACCAAUCAGCUACGCAUAGCGAGCGCGGGCGUAGCUUCUCUGCGUUUGUUCUACUACUCCACCAGCAACAAUCUGCCCAACGGCUGCGGUGGCGACAUCUCUUUGGGUGGUGGCUAUGGUAACUUGGCCAAUCCCCCCUACGACAAUCGAAACCAUUCGCUGUGCAUCUGGCGUAUAACAGUGCCAGCAGGCAGCACCCUGAGGAUCGCCUUCAUGGACUUCAACAUGGGUUCGGAGACCAAUUGCAAGCUGGAUAAUAUAAAGUUCUACAAGGUUAUGCCAGAUGCGAGCGAGGGACUGGUGCAAACACUCUGUGGAUCCACCAUGCCCGAUGACUUUGACGUGAAUAGCAAUCGUGCUGCGGUCGUUGCAAAGAAGUCGCCAAAUUUUGAUGGACUUGGCUUCCAGUUCUCAUUCACCCUUAAACACUAAUUGAUGAGACAUUUUCUAAUUUAUAAUUUAUAAUGUACAAUUAUAUAUUAUGUCUAAUAUAA